AUGGCUUUCGCAUACUACGAAUACAUCCCUUCAAAAGCAGCCGCGAUCAUAUUUUGCCUAGUCUUUGUCAUCAUCACCCUCAUACACGUAUGGCAACUUUUCCGCACACGAACCUGGUUCUUCAUACCGUUCGUGCUAGGCGGCCUCUUCGAGAUCAUAGGCUAUGCUGCUAGGGCAAACUCUGCUGGCCAGCAUCCCGAUUAUACCUUGAUGCCAUACAUUCUCCAAUCUCUCUUCUUACUUCUGGCACCUACCCUCUUCGCAGCAAGCAUAUAUAUGGAGCUCGGCCGCAUUCUAGAUCUCACAGAAGGAGAAUCUCGCUCCAUCAUCGGCAGAAAAAAGUUGACCAAGAUCUUUGUUGCUGGAGAUGUCAUAUCUUUUCUAACGCAGAGUGGUGGUGGCGGCAUGCUGGCUUCAGGCAGUCAGUCAGGUAACAAGAUCAUCAUCGGUGGUUUGGUGUUACAGCUGCUCUUCUUUGGCUUCUUCAUGGUGUCGAGUGGGAUCUUUCACCGCCGCAUGAAUGCGAGCCCGACUGUAAAAGUCAUGGCUAUCCCGUUGCCUUGGAAGAAGCAUUUAUAUGCGCUGUAUGCUGGUAGUGUGAUGAUCUUGGUCAGAUCGCUCUAUCGCCUGAUUGAGUACAUACAAGGAGGUAGCAGCGGGUAUAUAGUCGAGCACGAGUGGACUCUGUACGUGUUCGAUGCUGUGUUGAUGUUGGGAACAAUGCUUGUUUUCUUCUGGAUUCAUCCGUCAGAGAUCAGGGCUUUGCUGAGAGGAGGACCCGCGCUUCAAGGUUGGAUGCCGUUGAGAGUACUGGUACCCCUCCAAACUUCAGUCUGA